AUGGGUGUGUUUGGACCCAUGUACUCCAGGACUUUGAGGAGGUGGACAAACAUCACCCAUGGGAUAGGACAUAAAAGGAACAAUAUGUCUGACAAACUUCUGUUUAAGAAGAUGCUGGAAUUCUACCACUGCUUACUUCCAGCCAGAAAGAUGUCUUCCAACAAGCAGGCCUGCUCCUACAGCUGCUACUCGCCCUGCGACGUGAGCUGCCCUCCGCCAUAUGCAAACGCCUGGAGCCAGCCCUGUGUCACCUCCUGCGGGGACUCCCGUGCCGUGGUCUACCCACCACCCGUGGUCAUCACCUUCCCAGGCCCCAUCCUCAGCUCCUGCCCCCAGGAGAGCAUCGUGGGCACCUCAGUCCCACUGGAGAUAUGCAACUCCGGUGGGUACCCCUGCUAUUCCCGCAGGUACCCGACUUACCGUCGUGGGAGCUGCGGGCCCUGCUAA